CGCCGCUUCUUAACGGGCGCGUCGCGGGCGCGGCGGGAGCGUUGAGCGCCGGCGGUGCCGCUGCCACUGUCACACUGGGACACUGUCGCGACAUGAGCGAGAGACAAGGAACCGGGGCUACAAAUGGGAAAGACAAGACGUCUGGUGAGAAUGAUGGGCAAAAGAAGGUCCAAGAGGAGUUUGACAUAGACAUGGACGCGCCAGAGACAGAGCGGGCGGCCGUGGCGAUACAGUCCCAGUUCAGAAAAUUCCAGAAGAAAAAAGCUGGCUCCCAGUCCUAGUAGCUACCUCACAGCUCAAAACAAAGUAAUCCUGAGAUGAUUUAUCAAGAUCAGAAAUAACACAAAGAUGCAUGUACAGAAAUUAUCAAUAUUUAAAACCCCAUUGGCAGAUAACAACCCACGAGCUUGUGUGCGACUUCAUCCCAGAUGUUUCACGCCCAUUAUCCUCUGUAACUCACCAUUUUACUUGAUGUUGUAAUAAAAAGUUAGGGUGAAGUAAUUAAAGUGUCUGCCUUCAUCUGUCUUUCCAUAUUAAUCCAGCAAGUGCAGCGUUACAAAUGAACCCAGCCCAGAUGCCUGUUUCCCUCUCCACCUAAAGCUCAGAGUCAUAACAGCACCGUAUGUUGCAGGGAUUUUUGCUGAGGGAUGAGAUGGAUGCAUCUCAGCCCUGCUUCCCUCAUUUGGAGACUUCCAGCUGCCAGCAAAAUGUGAAAAUAAAAUGACUUUCUUGUAAUGAGUUGAAAGUAAAUAAAAAAAAAAAGAGAAAAGUUGCAGACAGAAGCUGGCAUGAGGGGUGUAGGAAGCAGGGAGCAGUUCAUUUUUGUCUUGCAAGUGUGUCAGUAAAGUGGUUUGAGUGGGGAAAUUGUGCCUGUCCUUCCUCUUUGCAUGAUAACAUUCAGAGAUCUUCGACCACAUUGACUGUUAUGGAAAGAAAAUAAUAAACCAGACACAAAAUACCUUUGGAAGUUUGGGAUUGAUUUUUGUCUGUAAAAAUAGAAACUGACCAUCUAAACUCCAUUUCCUCAUGUGGUUUUUCAGUCUCUACAUAAUCAACAACUGCUUCUGUGCCAUCUCUCUGUUUCCAUAUUAUUUUCAGUGUUUGAGGAGUAAAUCAUACCAGGCUUCCUGUGUCCAUUUGCACUGUUCUGUAUUCAGCUUUGAGCCCCUUUAUUGGUGAGUUAGCCGAGGUUUGGAU